AAAAUUUUGAAGGUAGCUUUUUUUAGUAAUUUUGGCGUAUUCUGGAUUUGUCUAUUUGGUCAAAGGAUAUUAUAGGAUGCUAUUCAUAAAGCUGUGUUUGCUGUCCAUCAGUAUGAUUUACAACUUUUAUCUGACAAGCUCAUGCCAUGCUGCUCAUCAGGCACUGUCACUUAACAAUGAUAACCUUAGGAGGAAGGGAAUGAAAAGUGAAGAAAAUGAAAAGCAACAGAUUCAAUCAGUUCUUGACAUGAUAAGAGAUGAAGAACCCUUCUCUGCCUACGGAUACUUUGAAGUGAACAACUCAACCUACCUUUCAAUCCUUAGUCAGACAGUUAGCUAUUUAGUCAUUUUGGUGUCUUUCUCGAACCUUUGAAACCACACCAUACAAAUCAGAGUCUAAAACUUAAGAA